AUGGCACCAACCAGUCCAGAAAGAGAUCCACCUGCCGCUCCGGAGCGUUGGGCCCAACGUCGACCUGACACCAGUGCGAGCGAAGACGAGACUUACACUGAGUCUUCGAUUGAGGAUGUGCAUUCCCGACCUUUAUCGGCGCAGGCACGUGCCCCGCAGGAUCUCCAUGACCUCAGGGAGGAGGAUGCUGAGGAGGACAAGGAUGUUUCUCCUACCGGCAUGCCCGUCCAGCUGCAGGUAGACUCUGGUUUGGGCCACUUGAGGCCACCUUCGGCGCAAAGCAAGCAGAAGAGGAUGAACGUUCGAGGAACGAAGGAGUCGGGUACUGCGUCGUGGGCAUCGGAAGGAAAGAUGAACGGCGGCGGCAAAAAGGGCGAGGAUGCGCUCCAAGCCCUCCGGGAUGAUGUUGUCGUGGAGCGCGAAGAGGAGGAGAAUGUGAUAGACCGCGAAGAGCAGCUAGCGGAAGGCUAUGGCAGCGUGGCUGAAUUCAUGCACUGCUCUGGUAUCUUGAGACUGCCAUGGGCAGAGUUGGAACGAGGAAGCGAAGUUUUCAGAGGUCGGCCAUAG